GCCAAGACAGAUAAGGCUGCAGCAGCACCUGCUGGUGAGUCCACUCAUGACAAAUGGAUGACAAAUCCUGAUACUUGAAAUACUUCAGUGAAUUCUUAGGUCUAUACUAAAAUCAAUAUGUCUGAUUUAAUUUUUCUCCUUUUUAUUUUUUGCCAGAUAAGGGUGGGUGAGAACAGAGCAUGUGUGUGUGUGUGUGUGUUAACCUGUGUCCCUUUGUGUGUGUUUUUGUUAGUUGUGUUAGAGUCAGUAGGGCAUAAUCAUCCCGUCAUCAUUCCAAUGUAAUGUGGGUUAACUGUUUUCCCUCAUUCAGCGAAACCAGCGGAGGAUCAUGGUAAGGCCUCUAAGACCAAUCACAGAAGUAGCUUUCUGUGGGGAUGAGACUGAGAGUGGCCAUGCAUGAUUCUCACCACGCACCACGACAGUGUUGAUCAGAUAGCAUGCCAGUACACUUAACUUAGGCUUCACACAUGUUUAUAUUCACUGCUAUCACAAUUUCCUACUGGUUUAUACCUGAAAAAACAAACUAUAUUCAUUUAAAUGAUAUAUUACUAAUUAUUAUUUUUAUUACCCGAGAUAACAGUUUAAUCAGUUAGUAAGAGCUACCUAUGUUAAGGUUGAGGUUAUGCUUGUUAUGUGGGUUAUUUUGGCAAGCACUGGAGUGUGUUAAAAAAAAACAAGCACACAUAGAACUUGAAAAAGCCAUGAGUAAAAUCAUUGAGGAUAACACACAAUAAAGUCUGGGACUUAUUUCCAUUGUGGUCCUCUUGAAACAAGAUGGCUAGGAAAGAUCCAACACGGUUGAACACAGCGAGAUAAAAUAUAAAAACAAAGAAGAAGAACAUCUAUCUCAUCAUUACAGUUACAUCGUAGGGUACAUUCAUAUAGGCACAGAAGACAUCAAACAGUUUUUUACUUUAUUUUAUUGUGCGUGUGUGGUAUUAUUAUUUAUUGUGCGUGUGUGUAUGGGGUGUGGUAUUAUAUUUAUUGUGUGUGUGUGUAUGGGGUGUGGUAUUAUUAUUUAUUGUGCGUGUUCAUGUGUGUGUACACUGUAAAAAUUUGUAAAACAACCAGCUGCAAUAGGAUUGUGAGUUUGCUCAACAAAAAUGUUAUUGAGCAAACUCACAACAAAAAGCAAUUGUAUAUUGAAUCAAAAUCUUUUAUUUUUAUUUUUACAGUAUAUAGUAUACACACAGCAUUAAGUUGAAGUCAGUGUGUUAUCUACGGUUCAUCAGAGAGAUGGUGGAGGUAUUUGCUUGUGGGUAUACGAGUAGUUGUAUGUGUGUGUGUGAGGAAUCUUAAUUUGAGCCAGAUCGCUACAGCAGGAAAAUAAUCCUGCAGUAACAGGAAAUGUGAAUUAUUAUGUUGAUUAUAAUUAAUGGAUAUUUUUUGUAGGGGUUGAUACAUUUGACGUUAGGGCAAAUCAAGUCUGACAUUUUAAAGUGGAAAUUACAAACUUUAGAAGGCUUUUUAAACCUUGAAUAUGCUACAAGUUUGCAUUUCCUGCUGUGCAGGAAAAUUCUGAUCAACAAAAGAGGGAUCAAAUUAAGAACCUACAACAGACUCAGUCCGUUUGGUACAGUCUAGUUCAUCUCACUGAAAUUCUGUCAUUGUAUACACUACUGGUCAAAAGUCUUAGAACACCUACUCAUUUAAGGGUUUUCACCUGGAAUGCUUUUCCAACAGUCUUGAAGGAGUUCCCACAUAUGCUGAGCACUUGUUGGCUGCUUUUCCUUCACUCUGCGGUCCGACUCAGGUCGGGGGAUUGUGGAGGCCAGGUCAUCUGAUACAGUACUCCAUCACUCUCCUUCUUGGACAAAUAGCCCUUACACAGCCUGGAGGUGUGUUGGGUCAUUGUCCUGUUGAAAAAUAAAUUAUAGUCCCACUAAGCACAAACCAGAUGGGAUGGUGUAUCUCUGCAGAAUGCUGUGGUAGCCAUGCUGGUUAAGUGUGCCUUGAAUUCUAAAUAAAUCACAGACAGUGUCACCAGCAAAGCACCCCCACACCAUAACACCUCCUCCUCCAUGCUUUAUGGUGGGAACUACACAUGCGGAGAUCAUCCGUUCACCCACAUUGCGCCUCACAAAGACGCAGCGGUUGGAACCAAAAAUCUCAAAUUUGGACUCCAGACGAAAGGACACAUUUUCCAGCGGUCUAAUGUCCAUUGCUCGAGUUUCUUGGCCCAAGCAAGUCUCUUCUUCUUAUAGUUGUCCUUUAGUAGUGGUUUCUUUGCAGCAAUUCGACCAUGAAGGCCUGAUUCACAUAGUCUCCUCUGAACAGUUGAUGUUGAGAUGUGUCUGUUACUUGACCUCUGUGAAGCAUUUAUUUGGGCUGCAAUUUCUGAGGCUGGUAACUCUAAUGAACUUAUCCUCUGCAGCAGAGGUAACUCUGGGUCUUCCAUUCCUGUGGCGGUCAUCAUGAGAGCCAGUUUCAUCAUAGCGCUUGAUGGUUUUUGCGACUGCAUUUGAAGAAACUUUCAAAGUUCUUGAACUUUUCCGUAUUGACUGACCUUCAUGUCUUAAAGUAAUGAUGGACUAUCAUUUCUCUUUGCUUAUUUGAGCUGUUCUUGCCAUAAUAUGGACUUGGUCUUUUACCAAAUAGGGCUAUCCUCACAACACAACUGAUUGGCUCAAACGCAUUAAGAAGGAAAGAAAUUCCACAAAUUAACUUUUAAGAAGGCACACCUGUUAAUUGAAAUGCAUUCCAGGUGACUGCCUCAUGAAGCUGGUUGAGAGAAUGCCAAGAGUGUGCAAAGCUGUCAUCAAGGCAAAGGGUAGCUAUUUGAAGAAUCUCAAAUAUAAAAUAUAUUUUGAUUUGUUUAACACUUUUUUGGUUACUACAUGAUUCCAUAUGUGGUAUUUAAUAGUUUUGAUGUAGUUACAAUGUAGAAAAUAGUAAAAAUAAAGAAAAGCCCUUGAAUGAGUAGGUGUUCUAAAACUUUUGACCGGUAGUGUAGACAGAGGUCGAACCUGUUAAGGAGGGUAAGAGCUUUUCUGGCUAAAUGUGUUAGUUGCGUAUGUGUACCCUAUGUGUGAGUUCAUAUUGCAUCAUGUAAGGCAGCUCUACUCAAUAUUUAAGUCUGGUUCCUCUCACUUAAACCCUCUUAUUUAUAUUGGCAGAAGAGCCACCUGUAAUAAAGGGUAAGAGCUUUUCUGGCUGAAUGUGAUACUUACGUGAGUGUAUGCAAUGUACGAAGAUAGCAUUCUGUAUGAAAAGGUGUGUGUGUGUGUGUGUGUGUGUGUGUGUGUGUGUGUGUGUGUGUGUGUAAAUCAUGCCAUAUUUACUCAGCAAUUACUCAAGUUCCUCUUCUAAAAGCCCUUAAUUUUCUUGGCAGAAGCCCGGUCUGUUAUAGAGGGUAAGAGCUUUUCUGGCCUAACAUGUCACUUGUACGGAAUGUGAGUGUGUGUGUGUGUGUUUGUCUGUGUGAAUGCUUACAAGGUGCAAUACUACUUAUUCAGUUCAUCCCCUAAAACCAGCCUGCUGCAGAGGGUAAGUGCUUCUCUAGCUGAAUGUGUUACUUGUAUGUGUGCGCAUACUAUUAUGUGGAAGUGUACCUGUGUGACUGUAUGUGUUUAUGUAUGUGUGGAUAUGUGUGUAUAAGGUGCAUCAUGCUAGCUUUACAAAUGGACAAAACAGUUUUUCAUUCUAAAUUCUAAUUCUACUCAUGCUCAAUUAAUGCCCUGCUUAAUAUCUGAUCAUUUUCAUUAACAGAUGGUGUUACAGAUGGUAAGAGCUUUUCUGGCCUAAUGUGUCACUUGUAAAAAUGUGUGUGUGUGUGUUUGUUUGUGUGCAGGACCGGCUCUAGCCUGUUGGGGGCCCUGAGCGAGAUUUGGUUGACUAACAAAAUCAAUGGGGGCCCCUGGAGUUCAGGGCCUCUGGGCACAUGCCCUGCGUGACCGGUCGGUAUUCGGCCAUGAUUACUACAAGUUUAGAUAGCUGGCUAGACUAAUUUACCAAUCUAAAAGUUGUUAGCUGAUAUGGCAUAUUGAGUGACUGACAUAACAAGAGAAAAAUGUCGAACUUGCACCUUGUAUUCUAUUAUUCAACAGUAAGUUGAGACCCCAACUGAGUUUUAUUUGGGGGAGGGGGUUUGGGGGCCCCCUAGCAGCCUUAGGCCCUAAGUGACCGCUUUUGUCUCUUAUGCCUGGAGCCGGCCCUGUUUGUGUGUACAAGUUACAUCAUGCUAACAUUAAAAUCUUAUAAUUUUCAUUAACAGAGGCCCAGCCUGCUCCAGAGGGUAAGCUUUUCUGGCUGGAUGUGUUACUUGUACAGAGUGUGUGUGCAAUGUGCAUCAUGCUAGCAUUACUAGUCAUGUUAGUGAAUGUGUUACCUGUGUGAUUGUAUGUUGAUGUAUGGGUGUCUGGUGCAUCAUGCUAGCAUUACUAAGUUAUUUCACACCCUGCCUAAAAUCGUAUCAUUUUAGUUAACAGCCUGUUAUAGAUGGUAAGAGCUUUUCUGACCUAGGGUGUCAUUUACAUUUUUACAUUUUAGUCAUUUAGCAGACGCUCUUAUCCAGAGCGACUUACAGUUAGUGAGUGCAUACAUUUUCAUACUGGCCCCCCUUGGGAAUCGAACCCACAACCCUGGCGUUGCAAGCGCCAUGCUCUACCAGCUGAGCUACACAGGGCCCACUUGAACAGAGAGUGUGUGUGUGUGUGUGUGUGUGUGUGUGUGCGUGCGUGGUGUAUUUGUCUCUAUAAAUGUGUACAAGGUGCAUCAUGCUUAACAACUCAUGUUAGUUAAAUGUAUCCCCUAAAUCCUCAUUAUAUUUUAUUAACAGAGGCCCAGCCUGCUACUGAGGCUAAGAGGUUUUCUGGCCUAACAUGUCACUUGUGCAUAAUGUGUGUGGGAGAGUGCGUGCUUUCGUGCGUGUGUGUUUGUCUGUGUACCUGCAAAGUGCAACAUGCUAGCAUAACCACUGUGAUAGUUCAAUCUGCUAAAAUAAUGUAUUAACAGAGGCCCAGCCUGCAGUAUUAACACAGGCCCAGCCUGCAAGUUUAACACAGGCCCAGCCUGCAACAUUAACACAGGCCCAGCCUGCAACAUUAACACAGGCCCAGCCUGCAACAUUAACACAGGCCCAGCCUGCAACAGUAACACAGGCCCAGCCUGCAACAUGAACACAGGCCCAGCCUGCAACAUGAACACAGGCCCAGCCUGCAACAUGAACACAGGCCCAGCCUGCAACAUGAACACAGGCCCAGCCUGCAACAUGAACACAGGCCCAGCCUGCAACAUUAACACAGGCCCAGCCUGCAACAUUAACACAGGCCCAGCCUGCAACAUUAACACAGGCCCAGCCUGCAACAUUAACACAGGCCCAGCCUGCAACAUUAACACAGGCCCAGCCGCAACAGGGGGUAAGAGCUUUUCAGUCUGAAUGUGUUAAGCCUUAAUUUACAUCCCACGCAGUAUGCAACGCAACAACUACAAUAAGCUAGGCAAAAUGGCGAUCCUGCAUAGUUGCGUAGCUAAAAUACACAGACAUGUGCAGCCCCGCAAUUAGAAACUCGAUGCAAGUAGGCAGGAGGAUCGCCAUUUAACGUAGCUAAUUGCAUGCUUGAUAUGCGUACAUACGUAUGGUAUACAGUGCAUUCGGAAAGUAUUCAGACCCCUUGACUUUUUCGACAUUUUGUUACGUUACAGCCUUAUUCUAAAAUGGAUUAAAUAAAUAAAAAAAUCCUCAUCAAUCUGCACACAAUAUCCCAUAAUGACAAAGUGAAAGCAGGUUUUUAGAAAUUGUUGCAAAUGUAUAAAAAAUAAAAAACCUUAUUUACAUAAGUAUUCAGACCCUUUGUAUGAGACUCGAAAUUGAGCUCAGGUGCAUCCUGUUUCCAUUGAUCAUCCUUGAGAUGUUUCUACAACUUGAUUGGAGUACACCUGUGGUAAAUUCAAUUGAUUGGACAUGAUUUGGAAAGGCACACACUUGUCUAUAUAAGGUCCCAGAGUUGGCAGUGCAUGUCAGAGCAAAAACCAAGCCAUGAAGUCGAAGGAAUUGUCCGUAGAGCUCCAAGACAGGAUUAUGUCGAUGCACAGAUCUGGGGAAGGGUACCAAAAAAUGUCUGCAGCAUUGAAGGUCCCCAAGAAUACAGUGGCCUCCGUCAUUCUUAAAUGGAAGAAGUUUGGAACCACCAACACUCUUCCUAGAGCUGGCCUCCGGCCAAACUGAGCAAUCGGGGGAGAAGAUUACUGACAUGGUUACUCUGCAGAGCUCCAGAGUUCCUCUGUGGAGAUGGGAGAGCCUUCCAGAAGGACAACCAUCUCUGCAGCAUUACACCAAUCAGGCCUUUAUGGUAGAGUGGCCAAACGGAAGCCACUCCUUAGGAAAAGGCACAUGACAGCCCGCUUGGAGUUUGCCAAAAUGCACCUAAAGGACUAUCAGACCAUGAGAAACAAGAUUCUCUGGUCUGAUGAAACCAAGAUUGAACUCUGGCCUGAAUGCCAAGCGUCACGUCUGGAGGAAACCAGGCACCGCUCAUCACCUGGCCAAUACCAUCCCUACGGUGAAGCAUGGUGGUGGCAGCAUCAUGCUGUGAGGAUGUUUUUCAGCGGCAGGGACUGGGAGACUAGUCAGGAUCGAGGGAAAGAUGAACGGAGCAAAGUACAGAGAGAUCCUUGAUGAAAACCUGCUCCAGAGCCAAGACAACGCAGGAGUGGCUUUGGGACAAGUCUCUGAAUGUCCUUGAGUGGCCCAGCCAGAGCCCGGACUUGAACCCGAUCGAACAUCUCUGGAGAGACCUGAAAAUAGCUGUGCAGCGACGCUCCCCAUCCAACCUGACAGAGCUUGAGAGGAUCAGCAGAGAAGAAUGGGAGAAACCCCCCAAAUACAGGUGUGCCAAGCUUGUAGCGUCAUACGCAAGCAGACUCCAGGCUGUAAUCGCUGCCAAAGGUGCUUCAACAAAGUACAGAGUAAAGGAUCUGAAUACUUAUGUAAAUGUGAUAUUUCAGUGUUUUAUUUGUAAUACAUUUUUGCUUUGUCAUUAUGGGGUAUUGUGUGUAUAUUGAGGAGGGGAAAAAACGAUUUAAUCCAUUUUAGAAUAAAGCGGUAACGUAACAAAGUGAAGGGAUCUGAAUACUUAGCCUUCACUUGUUUGUGUGUAUCCUGUAUACAGUGGGGAAAACAAGUAUUUAGUCAGCCAGCAAUUGUGCAAGUUCUCCCACUUAAAAAGAUGAGAGAGGCCUGUAAUUUUCAUCAUAGGUACACGUCGACUAUGACAGACAAAAUGAGAAAAUAAAAUCCAGAAAAUCACAUUGUAGGAUUUUUAAUGAAUUUAUUUGCAAAUUAUGGUGGAAAAUAAGUAUUUGGUCAAUAACAAAAGUUUCUCAAUACUUUGUUAUAUACCCUUUGUUGGCAAUGACACAGGUCAAACGUUUUCUGUAAGUCUUCACAAGGUUUUCACACACUGUUGCUGGUAUUUUGGCCAAUUCCUCCAUGCAGAUCUCCUCUAGAGCAUUGAUGUUUUGGGGCUGUCGCUGGGCAACACGGACGUUCAACUCCCUCCAAAGAUUUUCUAUGGGGUUGAGAUCUGGAGACUGGCUAGGCCACUCCAGGACAUUGAAAUGCUUCUUACGAAGCCACUCCUUCGUUGCCUGGGCAGUGUGUUUGGGAUCAUUGUCAUGCUGAAAGACCCAGCCACGUUUCAUCUUUAAUGCCCUUGCUGAUGGAAGGAGGUUUUCACUCAAAAUCUCACGAUACAUGGCCCCAUUCAUUCUUUCCUUUACACAGAUCAGUCGUCCUGGUCCCUUUGCAGAAAAAAAGCCCCAAAGCAUGAUGUUUCCACCCCCAUGCUUCACAGUAGGUAUGGUGUUCUUUGGAUGCAACUCAGCAUUCUUUGUCCUCCAAACACGACGAGUUGAGUUUUUACCAAAAAGUUAUAUUUUGGUUUCAUCUGACCAUAUGACAUUCUCCCAAUCCUCUUCUGGAUCAUCCAAAUGCACUCUAGCAAACUUCAGGCGGGCCUGGACAUGUACUGGCUUAAGCAGGGGGACACGUCUGGCACUGCAGGAUUUGAGUCCCUGGCGGCGUAGUGUGUUACUGAUGGUAGGCUUUGUUACUUUGGUCCCAGCUCUUUGCAGGUCAUUCACUAGGUUCCCCCGUGUGGUUCUGGGAGUUUUGCUCACUGUUCUUGUGAUCAUUUUGACCCCACGGGGUGAGAUCUUGUGUGGAGCCCCAGAUCGAGGGAGAUUAUCAGUGGUCUUGUAUGUCUUCCAUUUCCUAAUAAUUGCUCCCACAGUUGAUUUCUUCAAACCAAGCUGCUUACCUAUUGCAGAUUCAGUCUUCCCAGCCUGGUGCAGGUCUACAAUUUUGUUUCUGGUGUCCUUUGACAGCUCUUUGGUCUUGGCCAUAGUGGAGUUUGGAGUGUGACUGUUUGAGGUUGUGGACAGGUGUCUUUUAUACUGAUAACAAGUUCAAACAGGUGCCAUUAAUACAGGUAACGAGUGGAGGACAGAGGAGCCUCUUAAAGAAGAAGUUACAGGUCUGUGAGAGCCAGAAAUCUUGCUUGUUUGUAGGUGACCAAAUACUUAUUUUCCACCAUAAUUUGCAAAUAAAUUCAUAAAAAAUCCUACAAUGUGAUUUUCUGGAUAUUUUUUUCUCAAUUUGUCUGUCAUAGUUGACGUGUACCUAUGAUGAAAAUUACAGGCCUCUCAUCUUUUUAAGUGGGAGAACUUGCACAAUUGGUGGCUGACUAAAUACUUUUUUUCCCCACUGUACAUAUUUGCGGAAGUGUCAUGUGGGUGUGGGUAUUUCGGUGUGUGCUUCUGCAUAUAGAGUAACAGUCAAAAGUUUGGACACACCUACUCAUUCAAGGGUUUUUCUUUAUUUUUACAAUUUUCUACAUUGUAGAAUAAUAGUGAAGACAUCAAAACUAUGAAAAAUAUUUUAGAUUUUAUAUUCUUCAAAGUAGCCACCCUUUGCCUUGAUGACAGCUUUGCACACUCUUGGCAUUCGCUCAACCAGCUUAAUGAGGAAUGCUUUUCCAACAGUCUUGAAGGAGGUCCCACAUAUGCUGAGCACUAGUUGGCUGCUUUUCCUUCACUCUGCCGUCCAACUCAUCCCAAACCAUCUCAGUUGGGUUGAGGUCAGGUGAUUGUGGAGGCCAGGUCAUCUGAUGCCGCACCAUCACUCUCCUUCUUGGUCAAAUAGCCCUUACACAGCCUGGAGGUGUGUUUUGGGUCAUUGUCCUGUUGUAAAACAAAUGAUAGUCCCACUAAGCGCAAACCAGAUGGGAUGGCGUAUCGCUGCAGAAUGCUAUGGUAGCCAUGCUGGUUAAGUGUGCCUUGAAUUCUAAAUAAAUCACAGAUAGUAACACCAGCAAAGCACCCCCACACCAUCACACCUCCUCCUCCAUGCUUCACGGUGGGAACCACACACGCGGAGAUCAUCCGUUCACCUACUCUGCGUCUCACAAAGACACAGCGGUUGGAACCAAAAAUCUCAAAUUUGGACUCAUCAGACCAAAGGACAGAUUUCCACCGGUCUAAUGUCCAUUGCUCGUGUUUCUUGGCCCAAGCAAGUCUCUUCUUCUUAUUGGUGUCCUUUAGUAGUGGUUUCUUUCCAGCAAUUCGACCAUGAAGGCCUGAUUCACGCAGUCUCCUCUGAACAGUUGAUGUUGAGAUGUGUCUGUUACUUGAACUCUGUGAAGCAUUUAAGGUGCAAUCUGAGGUGCAGUUAACUCUAAUGAACUUAUCUUCUGCAGCAGAGGUAACUCUGGGUCUUCCUUUCCUGUGACGGUCCUCAUGAGAGCCAGUUUCAUCAUAACGCUUGAUGGUUUUUGCGACUGCACUUAAAAAAACUUUAAAAGUUCUUGACAUGUUCCAGAUUGACUGACCUUCAUGUCUUCAAGUAAUGAUGGACUGUCGUUUCUCUUUGCUUAUUUGAGCUGUUCUUGCCAUAAUAUGGACUUGGUAUUUUAACAAAUAGGGCUAUCUUCUGUAUACCACCCCUACCUUGUCACAACACAAACUCAUUAAGAAGGAAAGAAAUUCCACAAAUUAACUUUUAACAAGGCACACCUGUUAAUUGAAAUGCAUUCCAGGUGACUACCUCAUGAAGCUGGUUGAGAGAAUGCCAAGAGUGUGCAAAGCUGUCAUCAAGGCAAAGGGUAGCUAUUUGAAGAAUCUAAAAUCUAAAAUAUAUUUUGAUUUGUUUAACACUUAUUUGGUUACUACAUGAUUCCAUAUGUGUUAUUUCAUAGUUUUGAUGUCUUCACUAUUAUUCUACAAUGUAGAAAAUAGUAAAAAUAAAGAAAAAUCCUUGAAUGAGUAGGUGUGUCCAAACUAUUGACUGGUAUUGUAUAUAUUAGAAUUCUCCUCAUACAUGACCAUAAAACCUUUUACUUUCUUUUAUCAGAGGCGAAGCCCCCUGAGACAAGAAAGGGUAGUGUAACAAAAAGGAUUGUAGUGAAGUGACUGUAUGAAUGCACAAAUGUAUCAAUGCGUGUGUGUGUAUUUGUAUGAACGAGCAUGUAUGCCAGUGUCAUCAUGGGUAAGCCUAUGUAUUUUUGUAUGUCUUGUUUUUAUGAUCUAGUAUUUCAUAUAUUCACAUAUCCACAUCUCUGCACAUCGUGCGGUGCAACUUUUUUCUCCAGUCACAGACUCAGUACACAGGGACAGUAUAUUUGGUUGUUGUUUAACCCUUCGCUGUCCGCAGUACUAAUGUCUAUGUACCAAUUGUUUCUUUUCAUUCAGAGGGAAGUGAGGGCGGAGAUGGUAAGGAAAGGAAACAAUACACAACUACCCCUCUGUGUUUGUGUGCUUCCCUGCUUCUUGUCAAUCACCUGGUUAACGUGCAUGUCUGUCAGUCUCAGUCACGGCACGGUCUGUUGGUGUGUCGGAGACCUGAGUGUCCGUCACGGUGGACUGACAAACGGAGACUACUGAAUCCUGGGAUUGCUCUGGCGAAGGCCUUCAUAGUCUGACUGUAGCAGUACAGACCAUUGUAUAGGGCAGUCAGUAAUGGAAGAGAUCCUGCAGGCCUAUUUUAUGGGUUUAUGGAUACUGUAUCAUUUAUGUAGAGAUCUUUAGGAAUCAUCUGUUGGUAAGUUAGACCCAGAGAAUCAGUCUGACAGAUAGCUGUUCAGAUAUCAGCGCCGACUGAUACUAAUUACUAGAGAUCAGGGGUGAGUUUCCCAAAAACAUAAAGAUCAUAUUGGCAAAAUGCCAGAAUGGCAUAAAGAUCAUCAUUUUUCUAUUGCUCAUGAAUGGAUUUAAGAUUAUCUUUAGUGCUAAAUAUGAUCUUUAUGUUUUUGGGAAACUCACCCCUGAUCUGUUGAGAUUAGACAUUACAUGAUACAGUAUCAUGGUUUCGCCAAAGCAUCCAAGUGAAGGAAUUGUAUUAAACAUCAAAUGACCUUGACUUGAAAUUGAUGCAGAGUGAAAGCAUCAUCUAAAUUACAAAUUACAAAAUGAUAUAUACUGUAUAUAUUUACUCUGGGUAUAUAUCGUGACGUGUGUAUUUGUGCACUUACUAAGUUAAUGGUUUAAUAGAAGGAUAAGUUGAUGACAAGUUUUGCUGUUUUUUGUUGGGUUAGUUCAAAUACUGUUCCUGCACAAUACCAUAUCCCUUAUCAUUCAUCACUGUAAGUACUGUAUUGCAAAAUAUGUUGAUCUGAAAUAUCAAGGUAUUAUCUGUUCCUGAAGUGUUACAGUAAUAAUGAAUUAAGUGAUAUUUACCUGCAGUAAUAUUUCCUAUAAUACGCAUUAUCCCCCAUAAUAAUCUGACUGAAGAAUUUGGAUGGUUUUGAUGGUUGCCGGUUCUGCUGUUCCAUUUUAAGGUGUUGUAUAUCGCUGCACUCCCAACCUCUCACAGUUUCAAACCGCAGUGAGUUUCCAAUGUGAGAGCGAUAUGGUGUAAAGAGCUGAAGGCAAAGUGUCCCUUGGGUGCUGUUCCAGGAUCAGCUUGACUUACUCACAUUGUAACUGAAACGAUUUAAAUCACACUACAGAACUGAGCCUGGAUCUGUGCACAGGGGUCACUUGAUUCCAAUAAAAUUAACUGAGCCCAUAAAAGCAGAGAGAGGGUCAUAGGCGGUGUGACUCUCUGAGUUUAUGGAGGUGCAUGACCUCACUUGACUCCUGACCCUUGUUCCAUUCUCUCGACAACCUUUUCACCCGAUGGAUGCUCACCCGGGGUCCUACUCACUCUACUCGAUUGGUCAAUCGAUAUGGCUUUUUACUUACUUCUCUAUGCUUAUAAACUCUCUUUUUCCGUAGAGCUCUUGUCAGAUUCAGAAGGUGAGAGAACAAAUAGAUUGUUUUCCGUUUGCAUCGUUAAUAAUUCCCCUAAAUUCUCAAUAAUAGUAAUGAUGAGUACAGUGUUACCAACUGGUUUGAAGUUUGAAUUUGACGACUGAGGAAAUAACUCAUUAACCGUUUAGUUUUUACCUCAAUUUUGAAAAGAAAGGAAAUGUUCAUCCAAGUUAGAGAGAGAAGAGAGAGAAGUUUUGUGUGUGUGAGAGAGAGCACCUGCAGGUCAGGUUUUCAUAACUGCUCAGUAGACGCUCAUCUUUCAGAUUACAGUAAAGAUACUGUAGCUAAUGUGUUCCCUCGCUGUGUUUCUCUCUCUUUCUUCCUGAAACAGAAUUGCCUGAUGAUGGUAAGACAAACAAAUACUUAAGCUUGUAUUUGUCUCUCUGCUGACACAAAACAAUGCAAUCCUUUUUUGAAAAGGAGGGAGCACGUAAAGGAACAGGAGCAAGCAGUCAUGCUUUGAUAAUAUCACAACAUUAAAGAGCUAUAUUUACUUUUGUCAAAGUGGGAGAUGACUAGUGGAAAGGGAUGGAUAAACAUGUCUUCAUAUGUGUUUUUAGUUCCUUGUUCAUUCCCUGGAGGGCUUACCUUACUGCUGUUAGAGGCCCUCUUCUGGUUUUGACUAGACGCUUGGAUACUGACCCUCAGUUAAAUACAAGACUGAUGUCAUGUGACAUGAUUUCUCAUGAUCACCCAUUAUAAUAGCGGAGACAUUUCAGGGAGUGGAAACAUUUGCUGCAGCACUUUUCUCUGUCUUUGGGAAAAGCUGUUGCUAAAUGUGGAUACAAGAAGUCUCAAUAAGUCACAGGGUGAACAAAGGCAAGCUUUACCUCUGACCUUUGAUGUUGCUGCCUAGUAGACAAAAUAUAAAUAAAUUAAUGGAUGAAAGAACAACAAGAUAGAGGGAUUUAUAAACAAAGGUUAGAUGCUUUGGUCUAAUGUUUGUUCUACUGUCUCUAUUUGUCUGUUUACUGAUGUUGUUGUGUCUAUGAUGUCUGAUGAGCAGUCAUCCAUGACAUUGUUCUAACCCCUGACAUCUAUGACCUCUUCCUAUUUUUAGAGACUGUCCCAGGGGGGCAGUCCGAGCUGACCGGACUAUUUGUAGAGAGGCCAGAGAGCACUACAGUAAUCAAAGGUGAGACCCCGGCCCUCUUCCCCCUCUCUGAGACAUACUGUAGCUCUCUGAAGUUUGGAUUGACACUCACAUACGGAUCAUGCAUAAGAAUCCUAACAACACCAGUAUCUAGAGGUUAGAAUUGCUGACUGUUGAUGUAAAUUGUGGGUGGCAGGGAAGAACGUCACCUUUGUGGCUAAAGUGGACUCAUCUGACCUGCUGAGGAAGCCCAACAUGAAAUGGCUGAAAGGGAAGUGGCUGGACCUGGGUAGCAAGGCCGGCAAGCAUGUGCAGUUUAAAGAGGCCUAUGACAGGAACUCAAAGGUGUGUGUGUAUCACUGUUUUCACAUUCUCUCAAAUCUGAAAGUCUACUGUACAUCUGUGUUACUCUUUUGUGUGUGUACCGUGUGUACCGUGUGUGUGUGUGUGCACCGUGUGUGUGCGUGUAUAUAUUGUAAGGGUGUAUGUCUUCCUCUCUCACCAUCUCAACCAGGUCUACACAUAUGAGAUGAGCAUCAUAAAAGUAGUGGAAGGAGAUGCAGGUGGCUACCGCUGUGAGGUCACCUCCAAAGACAAGUGUGACAGCUGUACAUUUGAAGUCACAGUGGAAGGUGGGUCCCUCCCAGGCCAUCAUUGUCAGCCAUUUAGUUAGUGUAUCUGUCACUUAACCUGUGGUCAGUGAGUGUGUCAGUAAGUCAUUCAAUAUUUGAUACAGUAUGUAUAAUGAUGUGGCAGGUAGAUGUUAUUCAGUGUCAGUACUCAGUCCAUUAUUCAUCCAGAUUUUUCAACUGUCUGUCAGUUAGUCCAGUGCUCCUAUCACCGUUCCCUCUCUCUGUCAUGUUUCAGCCGUACAAGAGGAGCAGCCCGCCAACAUCCUGGAUGCCUUCAAGCGAUCGUGAGUGUCACUGUCAGGGUGGUUCCAUUCAACAUAUCAUCUGUCAUUCUCUCCCACCUCACAUAUGUUGGUUAUUCUCUCUAUCUUUGCCUCUGGGCAUCUGUCCCUCUCUGUGAGUAUAUAUUCCCCUGACUGUCUUUCUGGCUCCCAUAUCUGUGUUUGUAGGUGUCUAUGGUGUCUGUGUGUUUUGGCUUCACUAUAUGUCUGUCAUUGUACUAUACAUCUGCCUUUUCUUUAUGUCUUUAUCUGUACAUUCAUGUCUAUUUGUGUAUCUGUCACUUACUGGUGUGUAUCUGUCACUUACUGGUGUGUCUCUGUGACUUACUGGUGUGUCUCUGUGACUUACUGGUGUGUCUCUGUGACUUACUGGUGUGUCUCUGUGACUUACUGGUGUGUCUCUGUGACUUACUGGUGUGUCUCUGUGACUUAUUGUUGUGUCUCUGUGACUUACUGGUGUGUCUCUGUGACUUACUGGUGUGUCUCUGUGACUUACUGGUGUGUCUCUGUGACUUACUGUUGUGUCUCUGUGACUUACUGGUGUGUCUCUGUGACUAACUUGUAUGUUUGUUUGUGUGUCAGUUGUACAUUAUGUGACCAUGUGUUUCUAUUUCUGUGUCUGUUCAGUAUGUAUAUCCCUGUAUGUCUGUAUCUCUGUAUUCGGGUGUCUUCUCUUCCCUGUCUCCAAAGACUUGUGUUUCAGUAUGUGUGCAGCAGCUCUGUCUCUCGCUGUAAAGCUGUAGAAAAUCCCUCUGUUUGUUGGCAUGGUGCUGCCGCCAGUCAGUUUUCAAAUAUGAUUUCCUCUCCUAAUAAGACAAAAAGCAAGGGUAAGAAAGGAAACACAACGUUCAAAGGACCAUUUCAUAUUGUGUUUUUGUGUUUAUUUUGUGAAUUUCUGUAAAAAAAAAAAUAAAAAAAAUGAAAAGAUAUGAAAAAAGAGAUGAGAUACAAGCGUGAAUUAAAGCUUGAAAACCCAAGACGCCAAAUAACCUUCCACACCACAAAGGUUGUUGGAUGGGUUAGUGUUGACCUUGCCACAGUAUGUGGCGGUCUUUGCGUUCCAACUCCCACUGUCAGUAAGUAUGGAGAAUCCAGUCAUUGCGAUUCAUCCGUGUGUACCCCCAUCCUCCUCCUCAGCGAUUCCGCAUCUGGCCUUGCUGCCUCUCUGUUAUAAGGCAGCCUUGUCCUAAGCUUCUUCCAGAACCUGAAUCCAUUGUGUGUGUUCAGAAUCCAUUCUUUGGGAUUAUCUUCGUGUGCUUCCAUAUUCCCACCUUUGGAAUUCUUCAUCUGUCCACUGUGUGUGUUCAGAUCUGAAAUAGCCCUUGCUUCCCCUCAUGUGUUCUUUGUCAUGUGAGGCUAUUUCUGGUACUGUAUGUCUGUCUGAGUGUGGCCCUUUGAAAAGGCCUCAAGUGGAACUAGUGGCAUACAUUAGAGAUGCAAUCAUGAGGUGUCAUAUGUGUGGAUCUUUAUGUGAGUGGAAGAAAAGUGCUGUGUGGGUGUGUAUCAGCAGUACCUGUGUGUUCCACCUGUGUGUGUGUGUGUGUGUGUUAUGUGUACAUUUACACAGUAUCUACUGUGUAUAUAUGUGUCAAUGUACAGCCUUGUACAUGUACAGUGUAUCGGUGUUUGGGUUACAUUCAGUAUUGACCUCUAUUUGUUACUGUGUGUUCAAAUGUGUGUGUGUGUGUGUACACUAGUAUGCUGGUUUUUAUGUCCCAUUGAAUUUAGGCGGGUAAAGUGUCAGUAUGCACUUAUUCAUCCCACUAUGCUCUAUAUGCUCACUCAUUACCAUCCUGUUUUGUGUUAUCAGAGGCAUAAAAGGCGCCAAAAAAGGGUAAGCCAUGGCUACAGACACUGUGCGAUACUGUGCGAUCACAGUGUACUGUCUGUAUAUUUGUGUGUAUAUGGGAAUUCCGUCCCUGUUUUUAUGACUUUUAUAUCAAUACUAUAUCGUUGAUGUGUCUUUACGUUAGAGAAAGUGAAUGUGUGUGUGUGUGUGUGUGUGUGUGUGUAUGUUCGUUCGUCUUUGCACAGUGUAGUGUAGUACCAUCUACUGUAUGUCCAGUAACAUUCUUUCUCUUCCCUGUCCUCUUCCAUAUUUUUGUAAACCAACAAUGAUUCACCACUAUAGCAUUGAAAUAGCACAGAUAUUCAUUGUUGAUUGAUCAUAAGUAAAACCUUAGUAUACAACAUGUAUAUUUGUAUGUACAGUAUACUGUAUAUUAUUUUUGAAAUGAGCGACUCCUCUAACCUGACCUGACCUAACACUGUAGGAAACCUAAUUCUCCCACUCGUACCCUUUCUUGUCCCCAGGGGAGAUGCAGGAGAGGAUGCAGGUGACCUGGACUUCAGUGCCCUCCUCAAAAAAAGGUAGGAGUGGAGUUAACUCCAUUAUGAGCAAUCACACAUACUCUCACACUCUCACACAAUCAAUCUCCUCUCCCCCUCUCUUUCAGGGAAAAAAAGGUGAGGGACGAGCCCAAAGAGGAAGUGGAUGUGUGGGAGAUCCUGAAGGAUGCUAAGCCAUGUGACUAUGAGAAGAUCGCCUUUGACUACGGCAUCACAGACCUCAGGGGCCUGCUCAAGAGACUGAAGAAGAUGAAGAAGGUGGAACCCAAGAAGAGUGACGGUGAGGGGAGAGAAAGAGGGGAGGGGGGAGAGAGAGAUACUGGAGGAGGAAGUAGGCAAGCCGUGGGCAUUUAUACUUGAGUGUUUGGGAAAGGGAAUGCAGUACUAUAGUGAAUGCCCGAGGGGCUCUAUAAGGGAAGUAGUCUGGUGUAUUGUGUUGCUGGGGUUAUUCUGGUUGUUGUGUCUGGUGUGUAAAGGCUGGAGACAUAACAGUGGUUCUUUCCCGUCACUCAGCCUUCCUGAAGAAGCUAGAGCAGUGUUACUCCGUGGACAAGGGCAAGAGGACCCAGAUGCAUGUUGAGCUCCAUGACCCCAACGCUCAGGUCAAAUGGCUGAAGAACGGAGUGGAGAUCAAACCCUCCGCCAAGUGAGACAGGCUGCUUUGUGUGUGUGUGUGUGUGUGUGUGUGUGUGUGUGUGUGUGUGUGAACAUGCGUGAUUGUCAGUAUAUUUGACUAUAUGAGUGUGAGUCAUUCAUUUGUCGAUGGGUUGAGUGAGCGACACUCGAUCACUAGUGUCUCUGUCUGUCCUCUCUGUUUUCUGCCAGUGUCUCUCUCUGCCCUGUCUGUCUGUCAUGUCAGGUAUGUGUUUGAGUGCGUGGGCAACAAACGGACACUCACCAUCAACAAGUGCAACCUGUCUGAUGAUGCAGCCUAUGAGUGUGUGGUGGGAGAGGAGAAGAGCUUCACGGAAGUCUUUGUCAAAGGUAAACACUCAGCAUCUUGACAUGAGGGGAGGGAGUUGUUCCCUGCUUAGUUCAGUGUCUUUGAGUGUGUAGUGUCUGUCAACAUUUACUGUGUAUGCAGUAUAUGUGUAAAUGUUUGUAUGUGUGUAUUAAUGUCUAUGAACAGUAUGUCUGUACAACGUUGUCGUCCUAUAUUUGUUGUCCAGUUUGUAGCGUGUCUUAUGCGUGUUCUGUGUGUCUCGUUGAUUUUGGGUAGAGGGGCAAGGAUGCAUUUGCUCUCAAUCAUCAUGUGCUUUGCUCUCUCUCUGUGCCCACUUAUUUCAUCCUGUUUUUGCAUUAUCAGACCCUACAGCAACGGGUAAGCUUUCACCACACAGACACCAUUCCAGUGCGACCACCACAGUGUACUGUAUGUUGUUGUGGUUAUUUAGACGUCCCUGUUGCUUCUGUCAGUGUCUAUAUCAAUGCCGUACAUGUUGAUGUAUCUUAACGUGAGAGAAGGUGUACGUGUGUGUAGCGGAUGGCAGCUAGUGGAAGCUAGCUUAGCAUCGAUCGCACAGUUCAGUCACCUUCCGGAGACCUGAAGUACUGUCGCCCCCCCCCCCCGCACCAAAAAGCAUCCAGGGCUUUUGUGGUAUAGCGGUUUUGGCGGAAACUUCUGAGUACGUUGUUGUGUUGUUGUUGUGAGCAUGGUACUGUAUGGAAUCCCGCGGCGGACGGUACAUGUUACAGUGGUGCCGUGACUCAGAUCCCAGAGUUGAUGUCUAUCAUCUGCUGAGGUUGCUGCGGAAAAGGAGGAGGUCAGAGGGAGGUGGAUGUAGAGGAUGGCAGCUAACGGAUGCUAGCUUAGCAUCACACAUUGACACAAUGAUGAUGAUGUCACCUUCCCGGAGACCUGAGGUAGUGUCUCCCCCGUAACACAACAGCUCAGUUUUCUGUUUCUAUAGCAGUAUUAACGGAGACUAUGGAGUACAUUGUGUUGUUGUGAAACAUGGUAUCGAAUCCUGGAGCGGACUGGUACAUGUUACGUGUGCGUGUCUUUGUGUUAGCACAGUAUACAGUGCUGUGCCAUGAAAUGUUCAGCUUCAUCAUUCUUCCACUUCUUCUGCCUUAUUCUUCUGCUUACUUUGGUGUUGAGUUUUCCUGUAAGUGUGGUUGUGUGUGUUUGUGUGUGUGUGUGUGUGUGUGUGUGUGUGUAACUGCCCCCUGGUGUUUUUGUAUGAGGUGUAUGAGUUGUGUUGACGUCUGUGUCUCCACAGAGCCCCCGAUCACCAUCACCAAGCUGCUGGACGACGUGCACGUAGUGGUGGGAGAGAAGGUGGAGUUUGAGUGUGAGGUGUCAGAGGAAGGAGCCAACGUCAAAUGGUGAGGGACUCAUACUAAUACCCUUUUUAGUCAAAUGACUAAGUAACUAAUCAAUCAAUCUAUCUAUCAAUCUCUGUUACAGCUCUAGCAUUUGUGUGUGUAUGUGUCUCUCACAACUGUUAAACACUGUCUGUGUGUGUCUCACCCGUUCUCAGGAUGAAAGAUGGAGUUGAGCUGACCAAGGAUGGGAAGUACAGGAUAAAGAAGGAUGGGAAGAAACACACUCUGGUCAUCAGUGAAGCAACCAUAGAGGACAUCGGAAUGUACUAUGUUUACACUAACGGGGGAGAAUCCAAAGGAGAACUGGAAGUGGAAGGUACCACUUCCAGAUAUCAUACAGUAUACUAAAAAAGUAAAUUUUUUAUUAACUUCAUUUUCGGAAGAGUCCGAAAUGCUGUCUCUUUCUGCUUUCUUUUCUGUCUCUUUCCCUCUCCUUCCCUUCAUCUCUGCCCCUGGUGCUCAGCCAAGGAGCUGGAGGUUCUGCAGAGUAUAGCUGACCUGUCGGUGAAGGCGUGUGAACAGGCAGUGUUCAAGUGUGAGGUGUCUGAUGAGAAGGUGGUGGGCAAGUGGUUCAAGGACGGUGUGGAGGUCAAACCCGGCAACCGCAUCAAGAUGUCACACAUCGGAAGGUAUGGCGUCACAUUGCUGGGGCUUUGGGGGGGUCAUUGAGUUUCAAUAACUUCAGACAGGCUUGAACAUCCUCAAAUUCUCCUUCUCCAUGGGACCUUGUCAGUACAGUACAUAUUCUCACUAGCUAGACCCACCUAUGGCAGGUGUUUUUACUAUGGCAACACUGGCCAUGCAGGGAGAGAGCUUUCCCAUGCGUUUUAUGACUUGAUUUUGCAUUAUGGAACAUGUUGCAAGGGUAACUGUGCUUUGCAUAAUUGUGGGUCACUGCGAGUGUCUGUUGUCUCCUUGGUAAUGUUGGGUUGCCGUUUGUUCUCCAGGAUCCACAAGCUGACGAUUGAUGACGUGAAGCCACAGGACGAAGGAAACUACACCUUUGUCCCUGAAGGAUACGCACUCUCCCUCUCCGCUAAACUCAACUUCAUUGGUGAGAGAGAGAGAGACUCUCCUAAGUUUUACUGAGUACAAUGAAGCAGAGCCUACAUUUAAAUGAUACUGAUUCAUGUGUUUUCCCUGUUUCCCUCAGAAAUCAAGAUUGACUAUGUUCCACGCCAAGGUAGGUGUGGCUAUUGUCUCCUAUCAUCCGUUGGCAUUACCUAUUUAUUACACUGUAUUUAAUACUGUGAUAAUCACCCAGGACCACCCGUCCCUCACUGACAUUCCUCUGCCCCUCACAGACCCUCCCAAAAUCCACCUGGACACCAGUAGCACGGGCAGCAAGAACACUAUUGUUGUGGUGGCUGGCAACAAGCUCCGCCUUGAUGUGGAGAUCACAGGAGAGCCUGUCCCCACCGUGUGUUGGAUGAAAGGAGACACUGUGAGGAUCUUUCUGUUACAUCCUCCUCACACACACACAUCAAACCCCUGCCCCAGCAUGCCUCUCUAAGGAAGGGGGGCAUCAAAGGCAGGGUGUCACUCACAUUAACCAACCGAUUAGGCCAUGCAAGACUCUGAGAGAAAGAUGAAAUAGUGUGUCCAGGUUACACCCAGUAGCUGAAUCACCAGACAGUGUCAGUCCAGUAGUCUAAGUGCCCUCCCUGUUCCUGUCUCUAGGUGAUAUCGGAGGCGGAGGGCAGAGUGAGGGUGGAGACCAGGACCACUCUGAGCAGCUUUGUCAUUGAGGGGGCGGAGAGGCCAGACGAGGGCCGGUACUCCAUCAUAGUGACCAACCCAGCCGGAGAGGACAGGGCUGAGCUCACCGUCAAGAUCGUUGGUCAGUGGUACUCAAUUCAAUUCAAUUUAAGGGCUUUAUUGGCAUGGGAAACAUGUGUUAACAUUGCCAAAGCAAGUGAAGUAGAUAGUAAACAAAAGUGAAAUAAACAAUAAAUAUUAACAGUAAACAUUACACUCAGAAGUUUCAAAAGAAUAAAGACAUUUCAAAUGUCAUAUUAUGUAUAUAUACAGUGUUGUAACAAUGUGCAAAUAGUUAAAGUACAAAUGGGAAAAUAAAUAAACAUAAAUAUGGGUUGUAUUUACAAUGGUGUUUGUACUUCACUGGUUGCCCUUUUCUUGUGGCAACAGGUCACUAAUCUUGCAGCUGUGAUGGCACACUGUGGUUUUUCACCCAGUAGAUAAGGGAGUUUAUCAAAAUUGGGUUUGUUUUCAAAUUCUUUGUGGAUCGCUGUAAUCUGAGGGAAAUAUGUGUCUCUAAUAUGGUCAUACAUUUGGCAGGAGGUUAGGAAGUACUCUCUCUCUCCUCUCUCUUUCCAGUCUUCUACUCUCCCCUCUUCACUUCUGUCCCCUUGCCUUUCCUGCUCUCCUCUUUCCCCCACAUCUCCCUGCUCUCUCAUUUUUCUCUAUAUAUUAUUUGUUCUCCCCCUCUUAUGCAAUAGAGGUAAACAUAUAUUUAAAAACAAUUCAGUAAGAGUGAUUCAAUAAUAGAUGUGACAUUAAUUUAUAUUAAGUUAGAACCCAUUCUGAGCUGGUGAGAACAUAGCCACCCCUAUGUCCUGUCCUGACUGUUUCUCCUGUCCCCUCCAGAUGUGCCUAACCCUCCAGAGAACGUCAGGUGUAUGGGAGUUGGCGAGGACACAGCCACCAUUACAUGGGAUCCCCCCAAAUUUGAUGGGGGUUCGCCCGUCAAAGGUGCAUCUUUCCUAUUUUUACAUCUAUCUAUUAAGCUAUCAAUCUCUCUUUUCUCAUGCUAUCUGUUAAUCUCUCUCUCAUUACAUUGGUCAAAUCUAAUGAUAUCGCUCUGUGAUGAUGUCGCUCUAUGAUAAUGUAAUCUCGCUCUGUGAUGAUGUCACUCUGAUGAUGUCAGUCUGUAAUGAUGUAAUGUUGCUCUGUGAUGACAUCACUCACAGGCUACCUGAUGGAGAGGAAGAAGCAGGGUUCCUCCAGGUGGACCAAGCUGAACUUUGAGGUGUUUGAGUCAACCACGUACGAGGCUAAGAAGAUGAUUGAGGGUGUUUUUUAUGAGAUGAGGGUGUUUGCUGUCAAUGGGAUCGGCAUCUCCCAGCCCAGCGGCAACUCCAAGCCCUUCAUGCCCAUCGGUGGGUAGACACUUAUUACUAGAGCAGUGGAGAGGCGCCUUUCAAUCUCCAGAUACUCUACUUAUACAGUUUACCUCUUUCUUCCUCUCCUUUUAUCUAUUCUCUCUCUGUCUCUGUCUCUCAGCCCCUACCAGUGAGCCCACUCGUCUGACGGUGGAGGAUGUGACAGACAGCACCUGUGCCCUGAAGUGGCGUCCACCAGAGAGGGUUGGAGCAGGGGGCGUUGACGGGUACAUAAUCGAGUGGUGCAAAGAAGGAGGUGAAGGAGGAUUUUGGGGUUGCUGAAUAAUAUUAUUAUUCCUUCUAAUUCACUAAUCUCUCCCAUAGAAUUCCUCUAUAGAAUUCCUAUAAAACUCUAUAGAUAAACCAUCUCAUUUCUAAGUGGAUGAUAAUGAAUGCUCUUCUGCUAUUGGUCCAUUCCUUAGAGGAUAACUGGGUGGUGGCCAAUAAGGAGCCAGUGGACAAGAACACGUACCGUGUGAAGGGGCUGCCAACAGGAGAGAAGCUCUUGUUCAGAGUGGUGGCUAUGAAUAUCGCUGGACGCAGCCCCCCCUGCACCUUGAAACAGUCUGUCACCAUCAGAGAGAUCAUGGGUCAGACUCAAACGCUUGCAUGGACGCACGCACACACACACUUCUCCAUAGACCUCUGACACACACAGUAAACACACCCACUUCCAUGACUUCUAUGUUGACAUUCCUCUCUGUCUCCCUCCAUGUCUCAGAGUACCCAAAGAUCCGCCUGCCUCGCCAGCUAAGAACCAAGUUCAUCAGGAAAGUGGGCGAGAAGAUCAACUUGGUCAUCCCCUUCCAGGUCUGAGAACAGCCAGCACCACACAGCAGUAACCUUCCCCGGGCUAGAGACAGGGCUGACUUCAUGUUAGCUGGGUCUCAGUGUGUGAAAAGAAGAGCAAACAUUGUCCUGUAAUGCCAAAACUAAACAGUCAGAAAAUGAGAUAUUCUUGCCAGUCAACACCGUUCUCACUUUUGGGUGUUCCUCCUCCACUUCUCCUGUAGCAGCGUCUCACUCUUUAAUUCAGUAAAUCUUUUUCCCCCCAGGGGAAGCCUCGCCCCGUGGUCAACUGGUUGAAAGACGGUGAGCCCCUGGAGAAUAAGUCGGUGGGCAUCCGCACCAGUGACUUUGACACCAUCCUGUUCAUCCGCUCGGCAGAAAGGGACCACUCUGGGAAGUACACCCUGUCUGUCCAGAUAGACAACAUGCAGGACAAGGCUGACAUACACAUCCAGGUCGUAGGUCAGUCACUGGCACCAACAUCAUUGGGGAUCUGGUCAAAAGUAGUGCACUAUAUAGGGAAUAGGGUUCCAUUUGGGAUGCAAGCUAUAUAUAACUGUAUGUCUCCGCUCACCCUUCAGUGACUAUACCUAGUAUGUUUUACUACUUAUUACAGUCAAAUAUGGAGCCACUAUGAUGCAAUUACUUAAAUCUAGGAUGACACCCAAGAGUUUAAAAUGAUGAUAAUUCCUCAUUUAAUCCUCGGAGGGGAUCUAAGACUCCAAAGUAGGGUGGGAAUCAUCAAAGAGGCUGAUUCCUCUCUUCCUCUCCUCUUCUUAAUUUUUCCCUCCUGCCCUGACUGCCACCGUACCUUCGCUUUGCUCCCUCCCUCCCCUCUUUCUCUCGUUCCUGCUCCUCUUAGCAUCCGUGUGAGGGUCAGGGUGCUGUGUGGCUGGGUGGGGAGAUUAUGCGGUGGGGUUCCAUUGGGAUUAUUGGUGUGUAGACUGGGAUUAGGGUGGGAUUAGGGGCCUUGGUCUCCUUUCCCCUGCUGGGAGGUGAGCUAAUGAGAGGGCCAGCCUCUUCAGAUCAGCCCCCACACACGUUUAGUCACAGCAGCAGCAGCACGGCAGAGACCAGGAUUAAUGACAAACAUCCUGGAGUACUGACGUACAUGAGACACACUCCACAUGCUCCAUUUUUGUUGUCUGUUAAAAGAGAUCUCUCUCUCUCUCUGACACACAGAUGUACUUCCUCCUUCCUACUUUAUCCUCCUUUCCUCUCGCUCUCUCUCUCUCUCUCUCUCUCUCUCUCUCUCCCCCCCCCCCCCCCCCCCCACAGACAAGCCAGGUCCUCCUAUAAAUGUGAUGGUAACAGAUGUGUGGGGCUUCAACGCUGCUCUGGAGUGGAAGCCCCCCAAAGACACAGGCAACACUGAUAUUACCGGCUACACCAUCCAGAAGGCUGACAAGAAGACCCAGGUCUCCAACUCCCUCCUCUGUCUUUCCUCAUCUCUCUCUAUAGCUCUCUCUUUCUAUACUGUGUAUCCACCUCACCUCUCCUUCUCUGCCCUCACUUCCCUCAUCCUCUGUUCUCAAACAUCUGCCUCUCCUUCUUUUUCAACCUCUCUACUUCUCUGUAAACAUCUUCCUCUUUCUCUCUCCCUCCCUCCCUCUCCCUCUUCCUCUCCUUCUCUCUCUGGUCAGGGUUGGUUCACGGUGUAUGAGCACAACCGCCGGCCCAGCUGCACAGUGUCUGACCUAGUCAUGGGGAACGAGUACUCCUUCCGUGUGUUCAGUGAGAACAUCUGUGGCCUGAGCGAUGAGGUGGCCUUCAGCAAGAACACUGCCAUCAUAGGAAAAACAGGUAAUACACUACAAUACUACACCAUACUAUAGCCCCUGUGCAUGCUCACGCAAACACACGCUCACAAUCGCUGCGCAAAUGUAGCCUGUCAUUACAGCCAUAAACAGUGAUGCACUUUCAAAACGCAAGAUAUAGAAAUAAACUGUGUUUUACACCAGCAUUUUGAGAUGAAGGUCAUUCAUAGCUAAUAGCAGCCAAUGUCAACUAGGGAUAUCAUGUCACUUCUCUGGAGUCCAGAGCAAGCAGGAUCAUAUGGCCUACCUGUAUGUAUCGGAGGUUGCAGGAUCGGAUGGAAACCAUGGUUAGGGUAAGCACAAGCCUAUAGUAUGUCAAUCUACAAUCUACUAUCCCCCAUAGUACAAAAGUUCACCUAUUCUAUUGGUCAAAUUGGCCUUCUGUGUGAGAAAGAAAUAUUCCAAACUUAGUCUGGGACAGUUGUGGGAUGCCAUAGAUCCCAAAUUAAUACAACCACUAGCAUCAGAAAACUUUUUAAAAGCAAUGAGGCUGAUGCAACAGAUCAGAACGUUUAGUUUAAAAUGUUGAUAAACUAUUAGGCGAUUUCUUCACAUUAUAAGCGCAGCAAUGUGCACAUGACAGUAGGCUAUAAGCGCGAAUGUUCCAAAAUGCAAUCAAUUAGCGGGAAAACACCAUUCUCAAAAGUAACCGCAAAUGAGAUUAUGCAUGUAAUGCUUUAUUAUAAAGGUGCAUUUUUAUGGUGAAAAUUAUCUUCUCCAAACUUGAAACUCACGCGCCCCCUAUGUAUGCCAGUUAGACUCUACACUGGUUGUAAAGCGGAUUAAUGUGCUUAAUUUUAAGAAGUUAUUUGGCCACUUUAGUGUGAUACAAACCUUAUCAAAACAUAUAAACCUAUGGGCUAGGCUACAUGAGGUGUGCUACUAUGAUUUUAAAAUGUUGCAUGCGUUUCUAGCCUUACUGCACACAACCUGGGCAUCAUUCACAAGUGAUAAUAUAUAAUUCACAAGUGAUAGGGUAAUAUUGUCACCCAUCAGACUAUUCUUGAUUUAAUCUUGUCUUUACAUAUACUAAAUAAUAUAUGUGUGAAAUUUGUUUCGAUUUAGAAUGGACCAUUAUCAUGCACCUCUCGAAACAGGGGUAGGGGGAAAAAAUACAUGUCAUCUAUGCUCUUAAAUAGCGAAUGGAGGACGCUUCACCCGUGGUUCAUUUUCAUGCCAGCCAGGUAGGUUAUACUGUAGAAGAAAUGUGCUUAAUAUUAGGAAAGUAGAAAACUGAUGGGUUCCUCCUCUAUUUAAUAGAGGCCGUCAAAAUGCUGUUUCCUCACGCAGUUGCUUAGCCAAUAGAAAUGUUGCACAACAUGAGCUCAUGGGCUCUCAUGAAGUGCUUUGAUUUUAUUUUUGAUCACAUUUGCAUUGAUGUCAGCGUGGUUAGAUGGACAAUAGAGUGCUGAGUACCAGGCAGUUAGCAAGUUUGGUAGGCUACGAAUGACCAUCAGCAGCAGAGCUUGGAGAAGCCUAGUUACCAUGACUAAACGGUCUUGUGGAAUUUGACUGCGGUCAUGACACGUGACCGCCAGUGUGGCCGUAAUACGGUCACCGAAACAGCCCUAACCAUGGUCUGUCUGUAGUCUUUUUCUUCCUCAAGAAUAUCGUAAUAAAUUCACCAGAAUAUGUUACAUCUUCAUCGCAUAAGUAUUGAAGGCAGUGCAAUGUUACAGCUAUCUUUAGAAAUAUACCCAGUACUAGCCAUCCAAACUAGGCCUCUAAAGUAUGAAAAUUAUCAAUUAAAUCGCCAGGUAGCCUAUUGUUCUGGCAAAUAUGUGUUCGUAGCAGAUUGCUAAACUUUAUUUUAUGUGGAUGAUUUAAACUUGUAAAAUUUUAACAAGUGCUUUCUGGUCACUAAUCUGGAUAUAAACCCACCUUUGUGUGUCAAUGCUGAUGACUGGUCAUUGGUCAACAGUAAAGACGCGCAACUUUUUGGUUCUGAAGCAUAGAUAAGAUGUUUUUGAGACAACAAUUUGGUGCAAUACUGUAGGCCUAUGUUAGUAACCAUUUUGAAAUAUAAAAUUACAAAUGGUAUGUAGCCGAUUUAAAAUAUGUGUGAAAAAAAUAUUUUUCACAUUCAGUUUCAAACUCGUGACCCCCCAAAACCUUCUCGCGACCCCCCGGGGUUUUGAGACCCCCAGUUUGAGAACCACUGUACUACACCACACUACACUACACCAUACUAUACCAAAUGUAGUAUGUAGUUAUAAUAGAUAACAUGAUAUACCAUGUGGUCCUCUGUAGCUCAGUUGGUAAAGCUAAAGCAUGUCGCUUGUAAUGCCAGGAUAGUGAGUUCGAUUCCUGGGACCCCCCAAACUUAAAAUGUAUGCAUGGAUGACUGUAAGUCCCUUUGGAUAAAAGCACCUGCUAAAUGGCAUUUAUUAUUAUUAUUAUUAUUAUUAUUAUUAUUAUUAUUAUUAUUAUAUGGCCUGCUAAACACAGCCAUCACAGUCCCCAUCCAUAUCCACCCCCCUCCCUCAGAUCUGGAGUACAACAAACCAGCCUUCAAAGAGAAGGACAUGAGAGGCUCCCCCAAGUUUACAGCUCCUCUAGUGGACAGGUGUGUCGUUGCAGGCUACAGUACUGCCAUCAGCUGUGCUGUCCGGGCCUACCCUAAGGUGAGGAUGUGUGUGUGUGUAUGUGCGUGCGGGGGGGAUUUUUUUGACAAUUUGAAAGUUUGCAUAGAAAAUAGAUGCGACAAUUACCUGCUAGGGUGCGUUUCCAUUUAACUAUCUUGUGUCGAUAAAAUUUUUGGUGUGACGUAAUGAUGUCACACCUAAAAUACAAAUGUAGCGGUUGAAGUGUUUCCAUUACCCAUUUAGGCAAAUUUCACAUUAAUAAAUUGGCAACAGCCUGUAUGCCCUCCCACCUAUCUGUUUCAUGCUUCAGGUAGCCCGCAUGAAUAUAAUGCAAUAAUUGACUAAUACAGUGAAUUCGGAACAUAUUCAGACCCCUUCACUUUUUCCACUUUUUCCACAUUUUGUUACAUUACAGCCUUAUUCUAAAAUUGUUUCUUCCCCUCAUCAAUCUACACACAAUACCCCAUAAUAACAAAGCAAAAACAGGUUUUUAGACAUUUUUGCACAUUUAUUUUAAAAAAAAUAACGGAAAUAUCACAUUUACAGAAGUAUUCAGACCCUUUACUCAGUACUUUGUUGAAGCACCUUUGGCAGAGAUUACAGCCUCGAGUCUUCUUGGGUAUGACGCUACAAGCUUGGCACACCUGUAUUUGGGGAGUUUCUCCCAUUCUUCUCUGCAGAUCCUCUCAAGCUCUGUCAGGUUGAAUGGGGAGUGUCGCUGCACAGCUAUAUUCAGAUCUCUCCAAAGAUGUUCGAUCGGGUUCAAGUCCGGGAUCUGGCUUGGCCACUCAAGGUCAUUGAGACUUGUCCCGAAGCCACUCCUGCGUAGUCUUGGCUGUGUGCUUAGGGUCGUUGUCCUGUUGGAAGGUGAACCUUCGCCCCAGUCUGAGAUCCUGUGCGCUCUGGAGCAGGUUUUUAUCAAGUCCCUCUCUGUACUUUGCGCCGUUCAUCCUUCUCUCGAUCCUGACUAGUCUCCCAGUCCCUGCCGCUGAAAAACAUCCCCACAGCAUGAUGCUGCCAUCACCAUGCUUCACCGUAGGGAUGGUGCCAGGUUUUCUCCAGAUGUGACGCUUGGCAUUCAGGCCAAAGAGUUCAAUCUUGGUUUCAUCAGACCAGAGAAUCUUGUUUCUCAUGGUCUGAGAGUCCUUUAGGUGCCUUUUGGCAAACUCCAAGCGGGCAGUCAUGUGCCUUUUACUGAGGAGUUGCUUCCUUCUGGCCACUCUACCAUAAAGGCCUGAUUGGUGGAGUGCUGCAGAGAUGGUUGUCCUUCUGGAAGGUUCUCCCAUCUCCACAGAGGAACUCUGGAGCUCUGUCAGAGUGACCAUCGGGUUCUUGGUCACCUCCCUGACCAUGUCCCUUCUCCCCCGAUUGCUCAGUUUGGCUGGGCGGCCAGCUCUAGGAAGAGUCUUGGUGGUUCCAAACUUCUUCCAUUUAAGAAUGAUGGAGGCCACUGUGUUCUUGGGGACCUUCAAUGCUGCAGAAAUGUUUUGGUACCCUUCCACAGAUCUGUGCCUCGACACAAUCCUGUCUCGGAGCUCUAUGGACAAUUCCAUCGACCUCAUGGCUUGUUUUUUGCUCUGACAUGCACUGUCAACUGUGGGACCUUAUAUAGACAGGUGUGUGCCUUUACAAAAUAUGUCCAAUCAAUUGAAUUUACCACAGGUGGACUCCAAUCAAGUUGUAGUGUGGUGGGUGAUUUGAAGGAGUCAGGCGCAGGAAGGUAAAUCACAGAAUACAAAGUUUAUUCCGGAAUACAGAGUUACGCAGGAUAGCGUCAAACAGUCCAGUGCGCAAAACAGGCGCACUGGAACAAAACAGGCACACAGGGAAAAUAUACCCCGGCAAUACAAAACACACGGAGCUCAACCGAGCUACUCUCUCCUCACAUUAAACAAUCACCCACAAGGACAAGGGGGCAGAGGGAACACUUAUACACAUACUAAUGAGGGAAUAUGAACCAGGUGUGUGUAAUAAACAAGACAAAACAAAUGGAAUGAUGAGAUGAGGAGCGGCAGUGGCUAGAAGGCCGGUGACAACGAACGCCGAAGCCUGCCCGAACAAGGAGAGGAGGCAGCUUCGGAGGAAGUCGUGACAUGUGGAAACAUCUCAAGGAUGACCAAUGGAAACAGGAUGCACCUGAGCUCAUUUUCGAGUCUCAUAGCAAAGUCUGAAUACUUAUGUAAAUAAGGUAUUUCUGUUUGUUCUAAAAACCUGUUUUCGCUUUGUCAUUAUGGGGUAUUGUGUGUAGAUUGAUGAGGAUUUUUUUUUUUUUAAUCCAUUUUAGAAUAAGACUGUAACGUAACAAAAUGUGGGAAAAGUAAAGGGGUCUGAAUACUUUCCGAAUGCACUGUAUUUGCCAUAUUCUAAUAAUUCUCAUGUGCCAACGUAUUGCCAUGGUCCGUGCCAUGGUGAAACUUGCACUCCUGUAGAUCUGAAAUAAUUGGAUGGUGAAACUUGCCAGCCAACCAGAAAAGCAAGGCUAAGCAAUUCAGGCAUUCCUGAAAGUCAGGACAAUCCAUGUGUUGCAAAUAAACAUUAUUUUUGUACACUGAACAAAAAUAUAAACACAACUGAGUUGCAGUUCAUAUAAGGAAAUCAGUCAAUUGAAAUUAAUUCAUUAUGCCUGUCAGGGCGACGUGUAUGCAGUGAGCGAAGUCAAGCGCAGGACACUGAGCUACUAGCAGACAAACUUUACUUUCACAGUAAUCAAAAUACAAACAAAACCUCCAAUCAGAGAGGAACAAAAUACGCAUACACCCGGACACUGCCGACCUCACGGAAAACAAUCACACACAAUAACUAAUGAGAGACAGGGCGUUAUAAAGGGAAUACAAUGUAACAUAAUGGGAAACAGGUGAAAACAAUCAGGACAAACUAGACAAACACCGAAACAUAGAUCGGUGGCAGCUAGUACUCCCGAGCAAGGAGGAGGGGCAGCCUCGGCUGAUUCUGUGACAAUGCCCUAAUCUAUGGAUUUCACAUGACUGGGAAUACAGAUAUGCAUCUGCUGGUCACAGAUACCUUUAAAAAGAAAGUAGGGGCGUGGUUCAGAAAACCAGUCAGUAUCUGGUGUGACCACCAUUUACCUCAUGCAGUGCGACACAUCUCAUACACAUAGAGUUGAUCAGGCUGUUGAUUUUGGCCUGUGGAAUGUUGUCCCACUCCUCUUCAAUGGCUGUGUGAAGUUGCUGGUUUUUGGCGGGAAGUGGAACACGCUGUCGUACACGUCGAUCCAGAGCAUCCCAAACAUGCUCAAUGGGUGACAUGUCUGGGGAGUAUGCAGGCCAUGGAAGAACUGAGACAUUUUCACACUUCCAGGAAUUGUGUACAGAUCCUUGCGACAUGGGGCCGUGCAUUAUCAUGCUGAAACUUGAGGUGAUGGCGGUGGAUGAAUGGCACGACAAUGGGCCUCAGGAUCUCAUCCCGGUAUCUCUUUGCAUUCAAAUUGCCAUCGAUAAAAUGCAGUUGUGUUUGUUGUCCGUAGCUUAUGCCUGCCCAUAUCAUAACCCCACUGCCACCAUGGGGCACUCUGUUUACAACAUUGACGUCAGCAAACCACUCGCCCACACGACACCAUACACGCUGUCUGCAAUCUGCCCGGUACAGUUGAAACCGGAUUCAUCCGUGAAUAGCACUCGAAGGUGAGCAUUUGCCCACUGAACUCGGUUACGACGCCGAACUGCAGGCAGGUCAAGACCCUGGUGAGGACGACGAGCACGCAGAUGAGCUUCCCUAAGACAGUUUCUGACAGUUUGUGCAGAAAUUAUUCGGUUGUACAAACCCACAGUUUCAUCAGCUGUUUGGGUGGCUGGUCUCAGGCGAUCCCGCAGGGGAAGAAGCCUGAUGUGGAGGUCCUGGGCUGGUCUAAAAAAACUUUGGAGGCGGCUUAUGGUAGAGAAAUUAACAUUCCAUUUUCUGCCAACAGCUCUGGUGGACAUUCCUGCAGUCAGCAUGCCACUUGCACACUCCCUCAAAACUUGAGACAUCUGUGGCAUUGUGUUGUGACAAAACUGCAAAUUUUUGAUUGGCCUUUUAUUGUCCCAAGCACAAGGUCCACCUGUGUAAUGAUCAUGCUGUUUAAUCAGCUUCUUGAUAUGCCACACCUGUCAGGUGGAUGGAUUAUCUUGGCAAAGGAGAAAUGCUCACUAACAGGGAUGUAAACAAAUCUGUGCACAAAAUAUGAGCUAAAUAAGUUUUUGUGCAUAUGGAACAUUUCUGGGAUCUUUUAUUUCAGAUCAUGAAACAUGGGACCAACACUUUACAUGUUGCAUUUAUAUUUUUGUUCAGUGUAGUUAAAAUGUUUUAUAUUGUAAGCAGUAGACAUAUAAUUAAAUGUGGAGUGGAGUUUUAUAGUUACACAGUGACAUCACGUGCACCGCGUACCUUGAAAAUGAUUCGGCAAUCAUCAUUUAUUCAAAAAAACACAGUAUCCAUCGUCAUUUGUCGCAAUAAAUAAUGUUUAAAAAAAUUAAAAAUCCACCCGUCGAAUGGAUAAAACUGUUGUCGAUCUUUAGAAAAUGUCUCCUAUAUCUGCCGUUUCCAUUACACACAUGACAUUGCUUUUGUCGAAUAAACCGGGGUCAAUGGAAAAUUGCCUAAUGAGUGGGUGAUUAUAUUUCAAGGCCAAAUGUUGCCCCAAUUUAACUCCCUCCCUCCUCUCUUAAUCCCCCCCCCUCUUCCCCCUCUCCUCACCUCAGGCUAAGAUUGUGUGGAUGAAGAAUAAGAUGAUCAUUGGGGAGGAUCCUAAAUUCUUGAUGCAGAACAACCAGGGGGUGUUGACCCUGAACAUCAGGAAGCCCGGCCAGUUUGACGGGGGCAAGUACUCCUGUAAGGCCAUCAACGACCUGGGGGAGGACGAGGUGGAGUGCAGGCUGGAAGUCCGAGGUACUGGCACACACACACACUGUCACACAUGCACAGAUAGAUGUGCACAAACACACACACACACUACAACUCCUAUCAUGCUUAGCCUGAGACAUACUUUUAUUGGCAGUCAAUAGUUGUCUAACUAAUCAUCAGUUAUCAUCAGUUAAACCCAUUAUUACAAAGCUGGUCAUGGAUUCACAAUCUAUGACUUAUGAUUAUCGCUUGUUGGGAACACUGAUAGUAUGUAGUUAUUCCUAACAAGAUUAAACGUAGAGAUUGUGCGUGUAUAUGCAGGCAGUUGUACAGAAUACAAAUCAUCUUAUUAUACUGAACAAAAAUAUAAACACAACUAUUUACUGAGUUAAACUUCAUAGAAGGAAAUCAGUCAAUUGAAAUAAAUAAAUUAGGCCCUAAUUGAUGGGUUUCACAUGAUUGGGCAGGAGCGCAGCCAUGGGUGGGCCUGAAAGGGCAUAGGCCCACCCACUUGGGAGCCAGGUCCACCCACUGGGGAGCCAGGCCCAGCCAAUCAGAAUGAGUUUUUCCCUACAAAAGGCCUUUUUACAGACAGAAAUACUCCUCAGCCCCCCCUCCCCCUCAGACGAUUCCGCAGGUGAAGAAGCCGGUUGUGGAGGUCCUGGGCUGGCGUGGUUACAUGUGGUCUGUGGUUGUGAGGCCGGUUGGAUGUACUGCCGAAUUCUCUAAAACAACGUUGGAGGCAGCUUAUGGUAGAGAAAUGAACAUUCAAUUCUCUGGCAACAGCUCUGGUGGACAUUCCUGCAGUCAGCAUGCCAAUUGAACACUCCCUCAAAACAUCUGUGGCAUUGUGUUGUAACUAAACUGCACAUUUUUGAGUGGCCUCUUAUUGUCUCCAGCACAAGGUGCACCUGUGUAAUGAUCAUGCUGUUUAAUCAGCUUCUUGAUAUGCCACACCUGUCCAGGUGGAUGGAUUAUCUUGACAAAGGAGAAAUGCUUACUAACAGGGAUGUAAAGAAAAUUGUGCAGAAAAGAUGAGAGAAAUAAGCUUUUUGUGCAUAUGGAACAUUUCUGGAAUGUUUUAUUUCAGCUCAUGAAAAAUGGGACCAACACGUUUAUAUUGAGAGAGAGAGAGAGAGAUUAAAGGAGUGUAGUAAAGUAGGAUAAUCCCCCUCUAGCCUCUCUUUCAUGGUGAGUUUCUCUCUCUGCCCUCCCCAGUUUUACAGGAGAAGAAAGGAGACGAGGAGAAGAAAUGAGCGACAGAGUGACAGAGGAAACACCAGAGGAUACAGUUCUACAGGAAUCAUAAUGGAUUAUGUAUAACAGGAUAGACGUGAAUAAAUAUGAUUACAAUAAAAAAAACUGGUGAGGUUUUCUAAAUAUGCUCUCUCUCUUUCUUCCUCUCUCUAUCCCUCUCUUUCUCACAUCCUCACCAGUGGCAUGUCAAAUACCAUAUCGGUAAUAACUGAAUGAAUUAUGAUAAUAACAGACCACUACAUCGAGACAAGCUAAUUGAGAGUAGUAAUAGAGUACCUUAAUAAUAGCUGAAUAUGACAGCGCAGGGAUGGAUUCUUCUUAUCUGUGACAUGAACCUGUCAGUGCAACACACAUAAAACAGUAAUUUACCAAAGCAUUGUCAGUGUUGUGUGUGAGGUUCCGGGUGGGUUUAUCACUGCUGGUGGGAUUUAUGAUUGUAAUGCUGCUAGUGAAAGCAUUGCAGUGUGACUGGCUGACUGUUUGUGUUUGUGUGUUUGUGUGUGUGUACACCUACAGUGAGGGAAAAAAUUAUUUGAUCCCCUGAUGAUUUUGUACGUUUGCCCACUGACAAAGAAAUGAUCAGUCUAUAAUUUUAAUGGUAUGUUUAUUUGAACAGUGAGAGACAGAAUAAAAAAAAAUCCAGAAAAACGCAUGUCAAAAAUGUUAUAAAUUGAUUUGCAUUUUAAUGAGGGAAAUAAGUAUUUGACCCCUUCUCAAUCAGAAAGCUUUCUGGCUCCCAGGUGUCUUUUAUACAGGUAACGAGCUGAGAUUAGGAGCACACUCUUAAAGGGAGUGCUCCUAAUCUCAGCUUGUUACCUGUACAAAAGACACCUGUCCACAGAAGCAAUCAAUCAAUCAGAUUCCAAACUCUCCACCAUGGCCUAGACCAAAGAGCUCUCCAAAGAUGUCAGGGACAAGAUUGUAGACCUACACAAGGCUGGAAUGGGCUACAAGACCAUCGCCAAGCAGCUUGGUGAGAAGGUGACAACAGUUGGUGCGAUUAUUUGCAAAUGGAAGAAACACAAAAGAACUGUCAAUCUCCCUCGGCCUGGGGCUCCAUGCAAGAUCUCACCUCGUGGAGUUGCAAUGAUCAUGAGAACGGUGAGGAAUCAGCCCAGAACUACACAGGAGGAUCUUGUCAAUGAUCUCAAGGCAGCUGGGACCAUAGUCACCAAGAAAACAAUUGGGAACACACUACGCCGUGAAGGACUGAAAUCCUGCAGCGCCCGCAAGGUCCCCCUGCUCAAGAAAGCACAUAUACAGGCCCGUCUGAAGUCUGCCAAUGAACAUCUGAAUGAUUAGAGGAGAACUGGGUGAAAGUGUUGUGGUCAGAUGAGACCAAAAUCGAGCUCUUUGGCAUCAACUCAACUCGCCGUGUUUGGAGGAAUGCUGCCUAUGACCCCAAGAACACCAUCCCCACCGUCAAACAUGGAGGUGGAAACAUUAUGCUUUGGGGGUGUUUUUCUGCUAAGGGGACAACUUCACCGCAUCAAAGGGACAAUGGACGGGGCCAUGUACCGUCAAAUCUUGGGUGAGAACCUCCUUCCCUCAGCCAGGGCAUUGAAAAUGGGUCGUGGAUGGGUAUUCCAGCAUGACAAUGACCCAAAACACACGGCCAAGGCAACAAAGGAGUGGCUCAAGAAGAAGCACAUUAAGGUCCUUGAGUUGCCUAGCCAGUGUCCUUACCUUAAUCCCAUAGAAAAUCUGUGGAGGGAGCUGAAGGUUCGAGUUGCCAAACGUCAGCCUCGAACCCUUAAUGACUUGGAGAAGAUCUGCAAAGAGGAGUGGAACAAAAUCCCUCCUGAGAUGUGUGCAAACCUGGUGACCAACUACAAGAAACGUCUGACCUCUGUGAUUGCCAACAAGGGUUUUGCCACCAAGUACUAAGUCAAGUUUUGCAGAGGGGUCAAAUAUGUAUUUCCCUCGUUAAAAAUUAGGUAUGGGGAGUGGAGGGUGGGUAUGGGGAGUGGAGGGUGGGUAUGGGGAGUGGGGAUGAGGGGGUUUUCAAGGGGAUGGAGGUGGAGUAUGGGAGAGUGGAGUGGGUAUUAGGUAUGGGGAGUGGGAGUGGGUAUGGGUGUGGGGGGGUGGGAGUGAGGGUGGGUAUGGGGAGUGGAGGGUAGGUAUGGGGAGUGGAGGGUGGGUAUGGGGAGUGGAGGGGGGGUGGUGGGUAUGGGGAGUGGUGGGUGGGUUUAGGUUAUGGGGUGGAGGGUGGGUUGGGGGUGGAGGGUGGUAUGGGGGUGGAGGGUGGGUAUGUUAUGGGAGUGGAGGGUAGUAUGGGGAGUGGAGGGUGGUUGGGGUAGUGGAGGGUAGUUGGGGAGUGGGGGUUGGUAUGGGGAGUGGGGGUAGGUAUGGGGAGUUUGGGGUGGGGUUAUGGGGGUGGAGUUUAUGGUAUUGGGGGUGGGGGUUUGUAUGGGGAGUGGAGGGUUUAGGUUUGGGGAGUGGGGGUUAUUAGUUUGGGGAGUGGAGGGUUUGGUAUGGGGUGUGGAGGGUGGUAUUUGGGAGUUCGUGGUGUCUGGUUUGGGUGUGGUUGGGUUGGGUGGUUGGGUGAUUUUGGGGAGUUGGGUGGUUUGGUUUUAUUGGUUUUGGGGGGUCGUGGUGGGUGUUGUUUUGGGUUGUUUUAUGGUUCUGUUCUAAUGGGUAGUGUCUGGGGUCGGGUGUUUGGAGCUGGUUUUUCUGAUGAGGGUCUUUGGGGUGUUCGGGGUUGGUUGUGUGAGUUUUGGGGUGGGUUUUCUUGGGUGGUUUGUUUUGUUUUUGGGUCGGUGUUUUUUGGGUGGUUGGUGUUGGGUCUUGGUGGGGUGUGUGUUUGGUUUUAGGUCUUUGGUUGUGUGUGGAGGGUGGACUGGUGUCGUUGGCUGGUCUUUGGUUUGGUUUUGUUUGGGGCUGGGGGUUUUAGGUCUGGGUGGUGGUGGUUGGUUUUGGGGGUUUUGGUGGUGUCGGUUUUGGUUGGGUGAGGGUUAUGGUUUUGGGGUAGUUGGGUUGGGUUGGUGGGGGUGGGUGCUUGUUGGGUUUUUUGCUGUGGGUUGUUGUUGGGUGGGUUGUUUGGGGUUUGUGUGGUUUUUGUGUUGUUCUUUGGUCUGGGUUGGGUUUUGGGUGGGGUUUUUUGUUUGGGUUUUGGGCGUUUGGGGUGGAGGGUGGGUAUUGGUAUGGGGGUGGGGGUUGGGUUUAGGUUGGGGUGGCGGGUGGGUUGGGUUGGGUGGGUGGGUGGGUUGGGUGGGUGGAGGGUGGGGGUGGGUUUAUGUUGGGGAGUGGAGGGGGUUUUGGUAUUUUUUGGGAGUGGGGGUGGGUUUAGUAUGGGGUUGGGGGUUGGUGGGUGGUAUUCUUGUUGGGUUUGCUUGGUUUUGGUGUUGGUUUUUGGUUGGGGUGUGUGUUAGGGGUUGGUUGGGCGGGUUUUUGGUAUGGGGAGUGGAGGGGGUGGGUAUUAGGUAUGGGGAGUGGAGGGUGGGUAUUAGGUAUGGGGAGUGAGGGUGUGUUGGUGUGGGUAUUAGGUUGGAGUGGGUGGGUAUUAGGUAUGGGGAGUGGAGGGUGGGUAUUAGGUAUGGGGAGUGGAAGGGUGGUGGGUGGGUAUUAGGUAUGGGGAGUGGAGGGAAGAGUCUCUCAGACCAAAGCCUCUCAGCACUGAGCUGGAUACACAGGCUGGGUGGAGGGGAUCACUGCUCAGCCAUGUGUGUCCAGCAUCAUAUAUUUUAAGAAUUACUACUUACUUACAACCAAACUCACACUCAAACACAUACACACACUCACACACGAAUUAGGGUCUCAUUAGCAUAACACACUGGAGACUAAUUAACGCACCCAUCAACACUGCCCUAAUUAGCUCUCCCACAUCAUUACUGAGCAAACGAAUUACCGCUAAUUAACACACCCGCAAAACAAACAGCACCGUCUCCGUUGGGAAAGACCGCCGCGCGCGCCUUGCACACUAAAUUAGAUCCUUGUACGCACCACAACCAACCAGGCCCAUGGCGGAGCCUGCUAUUCAUCGGUCUGACAACCACAAGAUUUACAAAAGAUAAAAGUGGAGAGAACGCUGAGAGAAUUUGAUCAAGUGGGCUGAAUUGUGAGGACUAGGACUAUCCAGAGUCAUGGCUCUGGGCCUAUCUAUGUUUAACAUGCUUUCGCUGCAAUAUUCUGGGAGGGAUUUAAAUAUGUAUUUGACUAGUCCAGAAUAAAGCGUGGGUUGGGGACAACUUCAGGGCUGAGUUGGCCAUUGGACUGACUGACUGCGGCCUGUAGGCCUAUGUGUUACCUCUAGAGGGAGUGAGAGUAUAGUGACUCAACCACUGAGGGACCCUAACACUGACCAGCCCGUACAGGAUCCUUUGAUUGACAGGUCAUUAACUACUUGAUUAACCGUAGCAUCAGGCCAAGCUUUCAUAGACUCCUUAUAGCAAGGUUUUUUUUCUGAAAAAGAUACAGUACAUUAGAUACAUACACUUUAUAUAGACCGCUGUACUUAGGUAUGGCCUACAUAAGGGUCCACAUUUAUUGAAAGUGAAAGAACUAAAAUGUUUUGCCAUUGGUUUCAUGUAGGAGGUCAGAAGUGAAAAUAAUGAAGUUUGCACACUUCAUUAGUUGACAUUUUAAAGGCAGAGGGAAACCCUGUAGGACAUGGUUGUUUUGUAGUAGCUUGGCUUACAGUAGAACAUUUAACUUUCAAACUAGCUCCACUGUAUGCUCCGUCAAAGUUAAUGUGUGAUUCUAAAUAGCUGUCCUUUGUUUUUUAAAUGUUUCUAUUUAUGAAAUAAGUGUUUUAAGCAUUCCUGAUUUAAAGCACAGAGCUGCUAUGAAAAUGUGAUCUGAAAAGUUUAGGGAAACAACUCCUCGUGAACACAAACAAAGGAGACGUAACAUGGAACCAAUGCUCCAUCUGAGCUUUCUAACCAUUUCAUGCUCUCAGAAGUCACUUUCUGUUGCUAAGCAAUCAAACUAAUUGUACCUGCUGGGACGACAUUUACACGCUUUCACAUAUUUUAAUAGUUUUUAAAUAAAACAUCUAGGUCUCUCGCUCUCUCGCUCUGUCUAACACACACAGACACAUUGUGGUUUUUUGGGAGCUUUAAAAAAAGUGUCUCUGAGGAGAAAUAAUGCAUUUUGUUUUGCUUCUCCCGGUGACACACCUCAAGGCUUUUAAAGUUUUCAAUUCCUGAAUGAAUAAUGAAUAAUGAAUGAUGAAACCGGGCCACCGCAGCCCAGGAGUAGACCAGAAUCUCUAUCGCCAUCCCAAUAUUAGCACACAGCUCCUUCUCACACAGCUAGAGACAGAGAGACAUCUACAGAGAGUGACAGACAGACUAACCCGGCGAGAGAGAGAGCGAGAUGGGAGGGGGGUGAAACAGAGAGGUGUUCAGAAGAGACAGAGACAGAGCUCC